CCUGCAUAUAAAAUAAGAGUAAAAAAUACCAUACCCUUCUCUCUCUCUCUCUCUCUCUCUCUCUCUCCCUCUCUCCUCGACCAGCUUCUGGUGAUCGCCAAUUUGCACUUCUCUUACUGCACCUCCUUUACUCUCUCUCUCUCUCUCUCUAGUACCUCGCUGUGAGGUAUUCUCAUAUCCCAUUCCUUAGACUCGUUCAGCCAUGACAGUCAUGACCCCCGCCCCUAUUGAUCAACCAGAGGACGAAGAGAUGCUCGUCCCGCACUCGGAUUUGCCCGAAAACAAUCACCAACCCAUGGAAGUUGUUGCACAACCUGAAACUGCUAAUAACGUGGAGAACCAGCCAGUGGAGGAUCCUCCAUCAUCAAGAUUCACGUGGAGAAUUGACAAUUUUUCUAGGAUGAAUACAAAGAAGCUUUAUUCAGAUAUAUUUGUCGUUGGUGGCUAUAAAUGGCGUGUGCUUAUUUUUCCUAAGGGAAACAAUGUAGAUCAUUUGUCUAUGUAUUUGGAUGUUGCGGAUUCAGCAAGUUUGCCAUAUGGGUGGAGUAGAUAUGCACAGUUUUGCUUGGGGCUCGUCAAUCAAAUUCAUAACAAGUAUUCAGUACGAAAAGACACACAGCAUCAGUUCAAUGCGCGAGAAAGUGAUUGGGGUUUCACAUCCUUUAUGCCUCUUAGUGAUCUUUAUGAUCCCAGUAGAGGGUAUCUUGUGAAUGAUACACUUAUAAUUGAAGCUGAGGUUCUCGUUCGUAGGGUUGUAGAUUACUGGACAUAUGACUCGAAAAAGGAGACAGGUUAUGUGGGGCUUAAGAACCAAGGAGCAACUUGCUACAUGAACUCUCUCCUCCAGACUUUGUAUCAUAUUCCUUAUUUCAGAAAGGCUGUUUACCAUAUGCCCACAACUGAGAAUGAUUUGCCAUCGCAAAGCAUACCUUUGGCCCUGCAGAGUCUAUUUUACAAGCUUCAGUACAGUGACAAUAGUGUGGCAACAAAAGAGCUGACGAAGUCUUUUGGAUGGGACACGUAUGAUUCAUUUAUGCAGCAUGACGUGCAAGAACUCAAUAGGGUUUUGUGUGAAAAACUUGAAGACAAAAUGAAGGGAACUGUUGUAGAGGGAACUAUACAGAAGUUGUUCGAAGGACACCAUAUGAACUACAUUGAAUGCAUCAACGUGGACUACAAAUCAACAAGAAAGGAAUCAUUUUAUGACCUUCAGCUUGAUGUCAAAGGUUGUCGUGAUGUAUAUGCUUCUUUUGAUAAGUACGUAGAAGUUGAACGUCUCGAGGGUGAUAACAAGUAUCAUGCUGAACAGUAUGGAUUGCAGGAUGCUAAGAAAGGUGUUCUGUUUAUUGACUUUCCCCCGGUGCUUCAACUUCAGUUGAAACGAUUUGAGUACGACUUUAUGCGGGACACAAUGGUGAAGAUUAAUGAUCGUUAUGAGUUCCCAUUGCAACUUGACCUCGAUCGAGAGAAUGGAAAAUAUUUAUCACCUGAAGCUGAUAGGAGUGUUCGCAACCUUUACACACUUCACAGUGUUUUGGUACACAGUGGUGGGGUGCAUGGUGGGCACUAUUAUGCCUUUAUCAGGCCAACGCUUUCUGAUCAGUGGUAUAAAUUCGAUGAUGAGAGGGUCACAAAAGAAGAUAUAAAGAGGGCACUAGAGGAGCAGUAUGGUGGUGAGGAAGAGUUACCACAGACAAACCCUGGAUUCAAUAACACUCCUUUCAAAUUUACGAAGUACUCAAAUGCAUACAUGCUGGUGUACAUACGUGAAAGUGACAAAGAUAAAAUAAUCUGCAAUGUGGAUGAGCAGGACAUCGCUGAACAUCUAAGGGAGAGGUUAAAGAAAGAACAAGAAGAAAAGGAACACAAGAAGAAAGAAAAGGCCGAGGCACACCUAUAUACUAUUAUAAAGGUUGCCCGGGAUGAGAACCUUGUCGAGCAGAUUGGGAAGGAUAUUUAUUUUGAUCUUGUUGAUCAUGACAAAGUUAGAAGUUUUCGUAUCCAGAAGCAGACGCCUUUUAACGUAUUUAAGGAGGAGGUUGCGAAAGAGAUUGGCAUACCAGUGCAAUUUCUGCGAUUUUGGUUGUGGGCGAAGCGUCAAAACCAUACAUAUCGUCCUAACCGUCCAUUGACACCUGUGGAGGAAACACAAUCUGUUGGACAGUUGAGGGAGGUAUCAAACAAGGUUCAUAAUGCAGAACUAAAGUUAUUCUUAGAAGUAGAGCUUGGGCUGGAUUUACACCCUAUCGCUCCACCUGACAAGACAAAGGAUGACAUUCUGCUUUUCUUUAAGCUUUAUGAUCCAGAAAAAGAAGAACUACGAUAUGUUGGAAGGCUUUUUGUGAAGAGUACUGGUAAGGCAGCUGAAAUAUUGUCAAAAUUAAAUGAAAUGGCUGGCUAUGCUCCUGAGGAAGAGAUUGACCUUUAUGAGGAAAUUAAGUUUGAGCCCAAUGUCAUGUGUGAACCCAUCGACAAGAAAUUCACAUUUCGAGCCUGCCAGCUUGAGGAUGGAGACAUUGUUUGCUUUCAGAAGCCCACUCCAGUUGAAAAUGGAGAACAUCUCCGCUAUCCAGAUGUCCCAUCUUUUCUGGAUUAUGUGCACAACCGUCAAGUUGUUCACUUCCGAUCUCUUGAGAAACCCAAAGAAGAUGAUUUCUCCCUAGAAUUAUCGAAACUCCAUACCUAUGAUGAUGUUGUGGAACGAGUUGCUCAGCAACUUGGUUUGGAUGAUCCAUCCAAAAUUAGGCUUACAUCGCACAACUGUUACUCACAACAACCCAAACCCCAGCCAAUUAAGUAUCGGGGGGUUGAGCGCUUGACUGAUAUGCUGGUCCACUACAAUCAGACUACGGAUAUAUUGUACUAUGAAGUAUUGGACAUCCCUCUGCCCGAAUUACAAGGUUUGAAAACUCUGAAAGUCGCAUUCCAUCAUGCUACUAAGGAAGAAGUUGUUAUUCAUACCAUAAGACUGCCAAAACAGAGCACUGUGGGGGAUGUAAUUAAUGACCUUAAAACUAAGGUUGAAUUGUCUCAUCCAGAUGCAGAACUUAGGUUGCUUGAAGUUUUCUAUCACAAGAUUUACAAGGUUUUUCCUCACAGUGAAAAGAUUGAGAACAUAAAUGAUCAAUACUGGACGUUACGGGCCGAAGAGGUUCCUGACGAAGAGAAAAAUCUUGGUCCUAAUGAUCGUGUAAUUCAUGUCUACCAUUUCACUAAAGACACAGCUCAGAACCAAAUGCAAAUUCAAAACUUUGGGGAACCUUUUUUCUUGGUCAUACAUGAAGGUGAAACUUUGGCUGAAAUUAAAGCUCGAGUACAAAAGAAAUUACAGGUUGCGGAUGAGGAGUUUGCCAAGUGGAAGUUUGCGUUUCUUUCCCUAGGUCGCCCAGAAUAUCUCCAGGACUCCGACAUUGUGUCUAGUCGGUUUCAGAGAAGAGAUGUUUACGGUGCUUGGGAGCAAUAUCUUGGGCUGGAACACUCUGACAGUGCUCCUAAAAGAGCGUAUGCAGCUAACCAGAAUCGCCACACAUUUGAAAAGCCAGUAAAAAUCUACAACUAGGAAAAUAGUUGGAUGAAUGAGUUUUCAUCAUUCCAGAGAUGAAUUGGGCAAUUCUCCACAUCAUCUGGCUGUGAAAGCUGGAAACUAGUGAAAAUCGACUCUGUAUAGGCAUCCAGUGAGGUUAGCUUUGGAAAAGUUUUCAACAAGGUUCGGUGGCCGGAUUUUGUUGGCUAUAUACUUCUCCCAGCGUGUGGUUGGGGAGGACUUGUCCCUAAAUCAGUGUGUAUCUUCAACCAUUGAUCAAAGCCCCUCUUGAGCUUUUACUACAUAUUUAUAGAGAGCUUCCUCUUUGGGUGGGCAUGGCAAUGGCCUUCGUCAUCAGUGCAAUGUAACUUUGACAGUAAAUAAAGAAAGAUUCUUGAACUAGUGAAUGUAUACAGUACAGGUAUAGUUUGGUGAGUCAUUUUUCCCAUGUUUUCUUCCUGUUUUCUGUUCAGUUUAGAUAGCAAGAUGAGAUGGGGUUGUGUAAUGGUUGAUUAGUUGGUUCUCAGACUAGUCAGUUCUCAGACACGUUUAUAGAUUUUUGUAAAAGAGACCUCGUCAGUCGCUGCCAUUGAGGGAUAUUUUCAUUUUCAAUACGUAGCUAGUAAAUAGAUAUUCUCUUAUUUCUUAUCAAAGUCUUGUUCGGAUA